AUGGAUCUUUUCUCACUCACAGGCAGAACAGCUCUGGUGACGGGCGGGACCCGCGGUAUCGGCCAGGCCAUGGCCCUUGCGAUGGCCGAGGCUGGGGCAGACAUUGUAUUGGUGCAAGUGAGUAUCUCGAACAAGGAGCUGAAUCUCAUGCCGAGAUUUAGGGCUGACAUCUGGCAGCGAGACACCAGCAAUCAAGCCACCAAGCAGCAGAUUGAGCAACUCGGGCGCAAAGCAACCAUCUAUACCGCAGACCUGUCCUCACAAGCAUCCGUAUUGUCGCUGGUGUCAACCGUGACGCAGGACGGUCAUGAUAUCGACAUCCUGCUCAAUUGCGCUGGCAUCCAGCGACGACACCCAAGCCAUCAGUUCCCACUCGAAGACUGGGAUGAGGUCCUCCAAGUCAACCUCACCACGGUCUUCACUCUCUGUCGCGACGUUGGAGCCUACAUGCUCACCCGCGCCCCAAACAAGUCGGGCCAGCGCGGGAGCAUCAUCAAUGUUGCCUCACUGGUCUCCUUCCAAGGCGGAUUGACGGUGCCCGCCUACGCGGCCGCCAAAGGCGGCGUUGCCCAACUGACCAAGGCACUCUCGAAUGAAUGGGCAUCCAAGGGAAUCAAUGUCAACGCGAUUGCACCGGGAUACGUCGCGACGGACAUGAACACAGCCCUGAUUCAGGACAAGGAGCGGGCCGCUAGCAUCCUAGCGCGCAUCCCGGCGGGGCGAUGGGGCGAUCCGGACGAUUUCAAGGGAUCAGUGGUGUAUCUGGCCAGCCGGGCGAGCGCGUAUGUCAGUGGAGAGGUGUUGACGGUCGAUGGGGGGUGGAUGGGCCGGUAG